AUGUCUGUGAGCGAACUCACACGGAAUGCGUUCCACAGUGGCAUAUCCGCGAAGAAAUGGGCGUCUCUUUGCAAACUGCUUCUCACGAACAAUGGCAUCCAUGCUGCUACUGAGGAUGUUCAAACCGACAUCAGCAAUUCUGUGCUAGUUUUGUUUCGAAACUAUCCAGGGGAUCCUGCAUUGCAAGGCUACCUCAGAUGUGCAAUAAAGGACAACCUCUUGACGCUCCCGAAGUUUGUGACGACAUUCCUCUCGGCCGCCCAAUCGCCAGAUCUGCAUAAUACGGCCACACUUGACAUGCUAUGCAGGGUGGCUCUCGAUGUGCACUAUGCAACGGGUCUUCCAGCCCUUGGUUCUAUCGUUCCUUAUUCGGAGACACCCGCCGACCUCUUGGGCACAGUACAGAAUGCCAUCUCCUUGCUACGGACAGCGCAUCACCUCCCGCCAUCUCACUUCCACCAACUCAUCACUUCAGCGUCUGAACUCCUCACUCUGUUGAUAUCCUGUGUCAGCCCUGCAGAUAUAUCACAGAUAUCGACAGCACAAGCAAUGGUGUAUUGUGCUGAGGCGAAUGAUAUCCUACAGAUCCAGAGUCUUCUCCCAGCCGUCAAGCAAGAGCUCGAAACAUUCGCACUGUCAUUGAGCUUGUUGCUGGGUGAUGAUGCGAAGGCCGCACGAGAGGCACAAAUGAUGCAUACUCUACAACUAGCGUAUAGCAAAGGGGACAUCAUGGGUCCAAGCUCUGACACGGCGGAUCUGGUGACCUGCGGUCUGGUCCUACAUUCUUUCAUAUUGAACCGAGCAGGCGACUUUGGUGCAGGAGAUGGCACACAUGCCGCUGCAGUACUUGUGACUUUGUUCAGGUGCCUAUCGUGGCCGCCCACGGUGUUCUUCUCGCAGCUACUUCUUGCGGCCGUGUCUUGCGUAGCGCAAAGUACUAGCCCAAGCUCCUCGUCAACAUCGUCAAUCAUCUUGCGUGCGUUCGUUGUCGGUCGUCUUCCGGUAUUACUGGGUAUGUUCAGAAAGAUAGCGGAAUCAGAGGGUCUAUUAGACGGUGGCUGGCACGUAGCAAUCCAAUAUGGGCUGAUGAAUCUCCUCCGAGUGAACCUCCUCGAGAAGUGUGAUAACGUGCAGGCAUUCCCGAGCACGAGUGGAGAGUCGGGCGCAGAGAAAGCCCUUCAUCCGGCUCCAUUUGCCCUAGAGUUCCUACAUCAAAUGGCCAUCACGGACUUGGUCGACGCAUCGUUCGCCGCAACUAUCAACCCAACAUUGUCCAAUAAUUUUACCCCUCGUAUCACGACCGAGGCUCGCGACGCAAGCAUGGAUGUCGCCUUACAGUCAUACCUCGAGGCCAAAUUGAUCUUGGACAACACCGACAUCGAAGAGGCCGUGUCAUUAGCAGAAAGGGUAUGCAGAGAUGCAUGCAGCCAUGGAGAUUUCGCUGCAGUCGUCCACAAGAGAUUCACGAGCCUCAGCCAGCCUUCUGACGUCGAGUCCCUCAGUCACAUCUGCAAGGUCCUUUGCCGCUGCGAACCAGCCGUCGACAUCAUCUCGAUUCAUGUUUGUCUACGAGAACUUCUCGCGUCGGCACUAGCCUUCGUGGAGGACUACGAUUGCGAGACAGUAGGUGACCCGCAGACUGCGGUCAGCCAUCUAGGCGAUGUGGUCCUUUUCCUACAAGAGAUGGUUGCGCGACACAAUUGGACACGUACAAACGCGAGCAUCGGCGAUCACAAGUUGAACGUCGAUUUCAUUCUUCCUGUGGCCACUGUAUACCAAGUUCACGAGCUUCAAGACGAAGCGGCGGCCGAUUUCCAGGCAUGGAAUAAGGCCCUCUUCGACAAGAACAGUGAAGGAAUCGAGGACAGUAUUCUCCGGAAUACUCGACCGAAGACACUGUUGCGGAUUACAGCUAGUCUUUUUGCGCAUGCGAUCAGCCUAUGCUUGGAACGGAAGAUGGAGAAGGACGUCCUUGUAAACGGAAUACAGUACUUCUUUGGGAAUCUUCUCAAUUGGACUCUGGCCGGGACCGUGAGGUGGCUGUUGACAGAAAUCCGACAAAAAGGGUACAAUGCUCCUGUGCAUCUUGAAGUCCUGCAGACGCUUCUGCUUUCGCCAUCAUGCCCACACGCCAUUCUCCGCCUAUCCGCCCCGAGCAUCUUGAGGCUGCUCCCAUCCACCCACAAGCAAGAACGCAGUCGCACGGGACCUGUUGACCCUUCGCCAAUCCGGCGCAUUGCAUUGCGAACUCUAGGCCUUCUUGUAGAAGGCGGGUAUGCGAGUCAACCUCCGCUUUCUCUCAAUAACCAAGGAAGCCCGAAAGUCGAUCACGCUACGCAUGCUGUACGAAACGCUCUGGCUGCAGCGCGCGGGGGCAAAGCACCGGCCCUCGACCUCGACCGCUGUUUACUGGCUGUUACUCCCGCUCGGUUCCUUUACGUCCUCUGGAGGGAACUUACUGUCGCCGCGACGAUGGGCGAGAUGGAGGCGGCCAGACGCCUGGCGUCCUUCAUUCUAACGACUCCGCGGCAUUCGCACUCGCCCCCGCUCCUGCCCAUCUUCUUGCACGCAUAUCUACCUGGCAUUGUCACCGGCGCCGACAGCCUCCCACCUUCGGAACAGGCGAUCACGGUGGAACUAGUUGUCUCCGUGGCCGCAUCGGCGUUGACAGCGGCGUUGUAUCUCGAGCGUGCGCUGCUCACCGUCUGCAACGAGAAAACUUCGGUGCUCGGUCAAUCUGCAGCCGCCAUGGCGCGUAAUCUCGGGAGCGAGCUACGGAGCAUGGCGCGUGGCCAUAAUAGCAGUAGCGCCAUCGUGCAGAGGUUGGCGUCAUCGCCUGCCUUCGUUGCCAACUUCCCUACGUUCAUGGCAGAGCUAUGA